AUGCUGCAUUUCUUGAGGGGCUUUGUCCUCCCGGAGGCCGCUUGCGAAGCGCCAGACAGUAGCUCGAGGUACGAAAGCCUCUUCAAGAAGCUAGACCUCAAUGAAGACGGCCGAGUGGAUAUUGCCGAGCUGCAGGCGGGCCUCAAGGCGCUGGGCAUCCCCUUGGGUGAUGACGCGGAGAAGAAAAUUUUCACAGCUGGCGAUACUAACCAAGAUGGCAAGUUGGACAUUGAAGAAUUUAUGAAUUAUCUUAAAGACCAUGAAAAGAAAAUGAAACUAGCAUUUAAAAGUCUAGACAAAAACAAUGAUGGAAAAAUUGAUGCAUCAGAGGUUGUUCAGUCCCUCAAGAUACUGGGUAUAGACAUUUCAAUACGUCAGGCAGAGAAGAUUCUACAAAGCAUCGAUGCUGAUGGGACGAUGUCAGUGGACUGGAACGAAUGGCGUGAUCAUUUCUUGUUUAAUCCAGCUACAGACAUUCAGGAAAUUGUCCGUUACUGGAAACAUUCUACUGUGUUGGAUAUAGGGGAUAGUUUAACUAUCCCAGAUGAGUUCACUGAAGAGGAGAAAAAGACUGGCCAGUGGUGGAGACAACUUUUAGCCGGAGGAGUUGCUGGAGCUGUAUCUCGAACAGGCACAGCACCACUGGACCGACUUAAAGUCAUGAUGCAGGUUCACGGCUCCAAGUCAAAAAUGAACAUAGCAGGUGGCUUGCAGCAGAUGGUGAAAGAAGGAGGCGUCCGUUCUCUUUGGAGGGGAAAUGGUGUCAAUGUUGUUAAAAUUGCACCUGAAACAGCUAUUAAGUUCUGGGCUUAUGAACAGUAUAAGAAAAUGUUUCUUAAUGAAGAUGGGAAGGUAGGAACUGUGGAACGAUUUAUAUCUGGCUCACUGGCUGGUGCAACCGCUCAGACUUCUAUUUACCCCAUGGAGGUUUUAAAGACCAGAUUGGCUGUGGGCAAAACAGGACAAUAUGCUGGCAUGUUUGACUGUGCUAAGAAGAUUUUAAGGAGAGAAGGUGUGAAGGCUUUUUACAAGGGUUAUGUUCCCAACAUUUUGGGCAUCAUUCCCUAUGCUGGCAUAGACCUUGCUGUUUAUGAGGCUUUGAAGAAGAGGUGGCUAGAAAAGUACGCAACAGACUCUGCCAACCCUGGUAUUCUUGUGUUGCUGGGAUGUGGUACUAUGUCCAGUACCUGUGGCCAGUUGGCCAGUUACCCUCUUGCCCUUAUCCGAACUCGAAUGCAAGCGCAAGCUAUGGUGGAAGGAGGCCCUCAGCUGAACAUGGUUGGUCUCUUCCAAAGGAUAAUUGCUAAGGAAGGAGUUUUUGGACUUUAUAGGGGCAUAGCUCCUAACUUCAUGAAGGUACUUCCUGCUGUCAGCAUCAGUUAUGUGGUGUAUGAAAAGAUGAAAGAGAAUUUAGGGAUAGCAUGAAAGCAAGAGAGGAACAAAGUGAGAGAUUAUCAUGGAAUAUGCACACCAAACAACAGCUUUGUUUACUUCAAAUUUAUUCACGUUUGCAAUCAGAGACCAGUCUUCUGUGCAAAGAUGCUGUGGGAUUCAUGGUCUUCUCUUGAUGGAAGGAAAAAUCCCACCUUCCCAAAACAACUGUGAGCCAGUUUCCGAAUGUUAACAAUCAAAGGGGAAAAGCAUUGCGAAUUCAUCUGCAGGAUGGAAAAUCUUCACAAAAAAAUCACCUCUUGUUUUAAACCCCCCCCCCCUCACAUUUGACUGGGAUAAAAUGUAUUUAGAAGUGAGAAGUACAGUACUGUAUUAGACAUACUUUUGCUCUUUCUGUGGGUUGUUCCACCUUGGCAUACCAAAAAUACAGCUAGUUCUUUGCAUUUGCAUCCUGCAACAGAAGAAUAAUUUUAAAAUAAGGAUGACAAAAGUGUUUGGUAUCCUUUCAAAAACAAGGCUUGGAAGAAGAGUACAAAGAAAAACAGGAUGAUGCAGUAAAAUUCCUGCAACACUUUAAUGGUUUUAUAAGGGGUGGGGGAAUUUGGCACCAUCUACCAAGAAAGCUGCUACUUGGUGCCCUUAGGAAAUGAGCGAGACUUGGGCAGGGGUGCUGUUUGCUUAGCUCCCAGCUAUUGCAUUGAAACUUGCAGGGAUGGGCCAUUCAAUCAUCCCAAAAUAAUCAUGACUGUGACAUGAAGAUCACACAGGCAGAAGAAUAAGAUGGUUGACCUCUGAGGUGUUCAAACGGGCUGUAGUAUUGCUUUCUGCUGCUACAUGGAAGAAAGCCAGUUUUUGAUGUUAUCCUUUGUAAAAACUAUCUGCAAGUUAAAAAGGGGUGUGUGCGUAGCCUGCUGUGCUAGCUUUCCACGUAAAGGAAUUAUUCAGGUAGAGGAAUGUUGAAAAGUAAUCCAUCUGAGGUGGUUCAGUCACUCUCUUGCUUCAAACACUCUGCCGCCUCAUAACUAUGUCUGUCUGGUGCAUGUGAAUAUAUGGCCUAAGUUCCAUUUAAACAAAUGGAAGAAAUUAGUCACAAUUAAGUCAAGUUUUUAGGCAGGCUAAACUGCUGUAACUUAAGUUCCAUUGUGUUCAGUGUGGCUUAGUUGUUGACUAUCUUCAGCUGCAUGGGGUUCAAGUAAUCCCUGGUGUUGUAUCUGUGGGUCAAAUUAAAGCUGAAUAUAGCAUGGAGAUAGUAUUAACUCCAGUCUAAAUCCAUUGCAGUCAGUGAGUUUAGGAGUGUACUGCAAAUAAUCCAUUACAAGGGAAAGCUGACCUUUGUAUAUCUUGUGCAGAUUGCUGUCUCAGGGUAAACCCCCCCUCCUUUUAUUUAGUGGGGUUAUACAUUAUAUGUCUCGGUGGGAAUGCCUGCAUGAAGGGCUGAUUAUGUGGGAGGUUGAAGUGGAGUAAGAGGGAUAGCAGUGGUACUACUUUUCUGUCUUUUUCUGUAUGUCAUGGAUGUACUCCUUGAUAAAAAUAAAACAAUGCUUUUUUAAACAGUGUGUUAGAGACCCACUGAUAAUUUAAAAACUCCUCCUUAGCACCCAGAAUCGAAUUGCUGAGUAUGUUGAGUUAGAGAGACCAAGUGCAUUCAAAUUGGCAAUAAAGAAUAUUCCCAUCAAGCCACUGAAUUGUUAAUAUUGGGUAAAUGUAAACUGAGCCAUGACCUUUGGGAUAAAAAAGAGAAGAUCAUGUUGAAGAAACCUUUACUGCAUGCCUUUUGCAAGAACUUUUAAAUGUAUGUACAUUAUUGAAUGGAUUCUGCGUUUUAAAGCAUAUUUCAGUUUCUUAUGAAUGUCUGUUGAAUGUCUGUAAUAUUGUUUGUGCACCGCACCAAAGGUAUAUCUGAUGCUUCUCUGCACAGUGUUGAAGCAGAUCCUUAUGCAGCUGUCAUGCCUUCAUCAAGAAUUAGCUAUUCUUGUUAACUUUCUGUAACACUUCUUGCAUGUGAGGAUAACAUAUGAAAUUGCACUGGAGUGUAUGAUCUGUUUGUUGCUCUUUUGAGUUUCUAAAGACCACAGCAUAGGUCACACAUUCUAGAUGAGUAACAUUCUAGAGGCUAGCUACGGUGUUGAACAAACCCAUCUUGUUGUUUCUGGGCCUGUUGUACAGAUACUUCUCUGUAUAUAUCAAAUUUCGUGUAAACAUUCCACAUUCAGUUGGUAGAGUUGCUGGAGCCAAUUCACCCUUUCAAAUUCCUCCAUGCAAUUGUAUAUAAUAGGUACAUAAUUAUGUGGAAGUGGGCUGGGUCAGCUGCCACUAUGCUUGCAGGGAAUCAUUUAUGUGAUCAUGGCUGCAGUUUUUGUCCAGCAACCCUGAUCAUAAAGAUGGUGGCUGGCUUCACUUGUGAACAGAACAAUUCGCAUAAGCUGUCCUUGACACAAUCAGGUUCCUGUAUGGAGGGGUUUGAUAGAAUGAAUUGACCUUGGGAAUAGCAGCACAUUAGCAAAAUUGGAAUACAUUUCCAGUUACUAAUUUAUAUGGGGAUCGAAAGGAUAAACAAGCAUGGCUAUGUGAAUGUUUCCCCCCCUGUGCUUUUACUUCAGCAACCAGAUUAGUGAACCUUUCCUGAGCCCUUUAAAACCACCAAAAUUCACCAAAUUGAUAUGGGUCUCUCAGUACCUUUUUGUUUGGGUUGGGGUGCUCACAUAAACAAAACAGUUUACAAGAGAAUCUGGCACUUUCUGAGUUGCAGUGUGUUUUCAGUCAGUGUCUGUGCAACAAACACUCUAGCAUUUUUUUCAACUUGAUGAUGAUGGGCGCAAUCUAUACAACAUAGCUCCCACAUUCGUUUUGUUCAUUGCAAUGGAGCUGAGAUAGGUAGUGAUCCCUGGAUUGUGUUCUGAUUUUUAUCUUGUCAUGGUAAGGAAACCUCUACUUUUCUUGCACUUGAUCCAAAACCAAAGAAUUGCUCAAGUAAAGACUCACUGCUAAAGGUUCUCUUUUUAAAAAAUAAAAGGAAGAAAAUCAGAUGAUCCAUGCUAUUAUGAGUUUGUCUGUCUGUGGGUGUGACUUCCUGUAUUGUCUCUUGCUUUUUUUACUGUAAUCUAGAAAGAUGCCUGUUUUCUAUGUGUUUCAAAGAUGACCCAAUCUGUAUGUGAACCAUACUCAGUCCAUGGUCUUGUACAAGUGUCCUUAGGGGAAUAUUGAUCAUUUUGCUGGUGAAUCCUCCUCUGUGCUAGAAGAAUGCCUGAGACUGUGUAGCUCUAGCUCCAUUACCAUGUGGUUAAAAAAAGGCUGUGUUCUAACUGUGUGUGCUUGGUCUGUUACUUGGAGAAAGUUAAUCAGACAUUUACU